AGUCACAAAGCUGGUAACCCUAAUCUGAGACGAUUCAUCAAGACUCAAGCUCAUCUCUCAAUCCUAUCAACGAUCACUCACCUACCUCAUCAUCGUACCUCAAAAAACUUUUCAUCACAAUCCUCCUUGAACCUAUCUCGACCUCGAUUUCGAUUUUCCUCUCACCUGCUUUUCUUCUUCUCAUUUAGCUUUCGUCGUUUUUCGAACUAUUCUCAUGGCUGAAUUGGACCUAUACGGUGACCUGUAUGGCGAUGUCGAUGAUCCUGGUUCUCCUGUUGAACUUUCACCGCAACCUCCACCACCCAUAGACGAUCAACUCCCAGCCAGCGAUAUCAAACCCGUGGUGUCAUCUGCCUCCAUCAAAGGUGAAUCGAAUGGACCUCAACCGACUACGUUCUCAAUUUCCACCUAUGAAGAUAAUUAUGCAAACAAGAAAUCCGAUCACUCUCGAGAAACUGGAACUGAAUCCGGCUGGCAGGCACCAUCCUCUCGAUUACCUCUCUCCCCUGCACUUCAAAGCCCAUCGGCGGGAAGCGGCGGCCGGCCCGCUCUAUGGGGCGUCAAACCCUCUGAUAUGCCUGACGAAGGGUCAGUACUUUUCGCUCUCUCCCGCCCUUCGGCGUCUUUUUUUUAGACGAAGGCCCCUCCCUCUCUCCUUUAUCAGCUUCCUGAUCGUAUGGCCAUGAAAUGGCUCUGUGGAAGCACUCGCGAGGUCACGUCGAUGUCAGACAAAGAUCGCUUUCGAUCUUAUCUUAGCUACCGUAUCCUAGAUUGCCUUAGCUGCUUGAUAUCUGUCUCGUAGAACGAUUAAUCUGCUCUAGGCUUGAGAUAAAUACCUUAUACGCGCUUGAAUCGUUGAUUAAUUUGUCAAAUUUGCAUCUGACGAUUUAUAUUCACUGUAUCUACCUGAGCGCCUAUCAUCUACUGAUACUUCCUCCUUGAUAUACUUCACAUAACAUUAACACAAUACGAAAUAAUCAAUUACGUCUUACUUCACUAAAUCGUACAAUUACUUAGAAAAAUGUUCGUCGGCGGCUUGAAUUGGGAGACUUCUGAGGGUUCGUAACUUACAAUACAAUUAUUAUUAUCAUCAUGUUUAUAUAUAAUAGUCUAUAUCUGAUAACUGACUUAGGAAGAAUACUUAAUCGUACUUUCGUAUAUCCUUGAUGUCUUUAUAUAUCACUAUUACUAAUAUAUUAUGAUAAUUUAAAUCGUUUCCUC